AUCGAAUCAGAACUGUGCACCGCAAAAACCUCAGUAAACUGAGGAAGCGGCGAGGAAGCUGUCCGACUUGCGUAACGAAAGGCGUGGCUUUAAAAUGACGAAGUGUACGCGAUGACAAUGCUUGGGCAUCCGAUGCUAUAUAAGAACAGAAAAUAUGCCUGGUUCAAACAGUCAGACAGCUGAUUUCUGCUGUUGGAAAAAUCAAGAGAAAGAAAAAUGCAAGCUAAUAAUGGCUGUAAUUGUGUGAAGGUAACAGGGCAAAGCUGUCCUGGAAGUGCAUUCUAAAGAUAUACACAGAAGAGGGAUUUCUAUUCCGAGGAACAUUAUAUUGUCUGGGACUAUUCUCUUUUUGGUCUAUUUUAUUUCGACGAAUCUGCUUUUUCACGACGCCGCUAAUUGUUUUGAUGCUGGGAACUAAAUUUGUUUUGUAUUCUUGAACAUAGAGAGAUAAGGCAGGCUGCUCUGUUUAUACUGUGAUGUCAUCAAGCCUGGAAUAUUAACCCAAUUGUUGCUGAAAUAAGAAGUGGUUCUUCUUUAUUUUUGUUUUGCUUUGUUUUCGUGGUUUUAAAAAAUGGCAAUCAAGAAAGUGGCUGAGAAUCUGGAAGUAAUUAUGUUUCAGAAAAUAAUGGAUGAGAUUGAGAUAACGAAACAAACCCUGCGACAGGGCAGUAAGGAGCUGAAAAUUGAACUGAGCGAAAUGACGCAGGAGCUUAAAGAAAUAGGGGAUCCUGUGAGAGAGGAGAAUGAGAUCAGAGAUGAGAAAAGAAAAAAUAAAGGGAAGAUACAAGCCCUGGAGAUUGGAACAAAUGUGGAAUUGGAAAAAGAUCUGGAGUUUAUGGAUAUUAGAAAUAAAAUCUACUGUUUGGAAUUUAACGUUAUCUCUGAAGAAAUUAAUGAAGAUAUUAGAGAUAAAGUUAUCAAUGGCUUGGAUAAUCUUCUGGACUGGAAUGACGUGAUGGAGCUUGAUAUAGAGAAAAUCUAUGGAACUAACAGCAGCCAUGUGACAAUGGAAAAACUCUCAAGAGAUGAACCAGUGCAUUUUGUAAAAAAGAAGAACAGAGAUAUGACUUUACAACAAUAUUUCAGCAACUUAUUCAGAAUUGAUGGCAAGAAAAUAUUUGGGAGAGAGGAAAUUCCCAUCAGACUCUUAUUAUAUGACUAUGGCUAUGACAGCAAGAUUAUAAUGGAAUACUGAUAAUGGAAGAUUGGACACUGAAAUUACUGAACUUAACAGGACUAUUGAAGAUGGAAGAUGGAAUUAAUAGGGAUAAUGGAAUAAUGGCUAUUGAAAUUAUUGGACCUAACAGAUUUUGAUGAGAUGGAUUAAUCGAUAUGUUUAU